AAAUGAAGCGCGAAGCGUUGGAUGAACGCCACUUGGGAGCGAAAGGAAAUGGCCUUAAAUCGACCCGUCGUUUUUACUCAUUCAGUGCUCCUUCACUGUCGUCGUCCUCUCCGUCUCCGCCUCCGCCUUCCAACUUCUCCCGCUGCACUCUUCUCUUCCGCCGCGCGUCCGGCGUCGUCUUCCAUGGAAGCUCCUCCCGAAGGUUACCGCAGAAACGUCGGCAUUUGCCUCAUCAAUUCUUCUAAAAAGAUUUUUGCUGCCUCGAGGUUGGAUAUACCCGAAGCUUGGCAAAUGCCACAGGGCGGUGUGGAUGAGGGUGAAGAUCCAAGAAAUGCAGCCAUCAGAGAACUAAGAGAAGAAACAGGAGUUAGAUCUGCAGAGAUCAUUGCUGAAGUACCUUAUUGGCUGACUUAUGACUUCCCACCCCAUGUCCGAGAAAAACUUCGACAUCAGUGGGGUUCUGACUGGAAGGGUCAAGCACAGAAGUGGUUUCUGCUGAAGUUGACAGGAACUGAAGAAGAGAUCAAUCUUUUAGGUGAUGGCACUGAGAAAGCCGAGUUCGGCGAAUGGUCAUGGAUGUCGCCCGAGCAAGUACUAGAACGUGCUGUAGAUUUCAAGAAACCUGUUUACAAGGACGUUCUAAUGGUAUUCAAACCCUAUCUCGAGUAAUAUUGUUCCGAGCCAUAAAAAAUUUAUUCUUGACACUCUCAAUAAUGUUGGAUUUAGCUCCCAAGGGGUAGCCCAGUUGGCAAGGACUCGAGUGCCCCUGGUGAGCCUAAUACCAAAAACCUUUGAUGUCUCUUGAGUCCAAACUUUAGAGUGGGCGCGAGUGCCCCUGGGUAUAGGGGAGCAAAGUUCCGACACUUAUUUAUCCAAAAAAGAAAAUGUUGGGUUAUUUUUUUCUUUUGUCAAUUGAACCAAGUUACAGAAGAAAAUCUUUUUUUUUCUUUUAUACAACAUGUGGAGGUGGGGUUCGAACUCAUGACCUCUUGAUCAGAGAUAAGUACCUUAGUUAUGCUCGGUUUGACGUUACAGAAGGAAAUCUUGUCCAGUCUCCAAGCUUUGGUUGUAUAAGGACCCAGCUUGAUUGGGUAAGUAUUCUUCUUCCACGAGGUUUGAUUAUAGGACUGUUUUAUUGGAAUAUGAUCAUUGAAAUAAGAGGUUUAUUUUUCAUUUUA